UCGUAGCUACAUGUGCGACUAUUAAUCUUGUCUUUGGUUCAGUCAGUCUCGGGAAAGAUCGUGGCGAUCGGAUGUAUGUGCAUAGGGACAAAAAUAAAUAAAUCGAAAAAGAAUUUUUAUAGCGUCUGUCACGUAUCACAUAAAAUGAGAACUUGGUUUUUGAUACGGUACAUCGUUUAAAAGAGAUCACAAUGAGAAGCAGACUUCUUCGCUGUAGGCCGCUCUCUACCCGUAUCCUUGUCCUUCUGCUGUUUGUGGUGGGUUUUGGUGCCUACUGCUAUUACUAUACCAGUUCUCCACAGUACCCCAAACCAGAUAACAGCUUACAAACGGGCGAUGAGGUCUAUAUGAAGUCAUCGCAGCUUUCUCGGACUUCGAUUGGACAGAAAAAAGUGGUGGAGGACCAAUGUCCGGUCCUGAAGGAGAGCACAGCGGACAUAGACACCGUCUCUAUAUAUCCCUACUUCGAGUUUCAGCCGAGUUGGCUAAGGACAAAAGAGUUUUGGGACAAAUCCUUUGAGGAACGUUAUGAGAAGAUCCGCAACGAUAGCCGCCGACCCAGACUAAAGGUAAUUGUGGUUCCCCACUCCCACAACGAUCCUGGAUGGCUGAAGACAUUUGAACAAUACUUCGAAUGGAAGACCAAGAACAUCAUCAACAACAUCGUUCAGAAACUUAACCAAUACCCUAAUAUGACUUUUAUAUGGACUGAGAUAGCGUUCCUUAACGCUUGGUGGGAGCGAUCGCAUCCAGUUAAACAAAAGGCUUUGAAGAAAUUGAUUAAAGAAGGCCGUCUGGAGAUCACCACCGGCGGCUGGGUGAUGCCUGACGAGGCGUGUACACACAUUUACUCGCUUGUUGAUCAGUUUAUUGAAGGUCAUCAUUGGGUGAAAAAUAACUUAGGAAUAGAACCAAAAAGCGGCUGGUCUAUUGACCCGUUCGGCCAUGGACCUACUGUGCCUUACCUGCUCGAUAAAAGUGGCCUCGAAGGAACCAUAAUACAAAGGAUUCACUACGCAUGGAAACAAUGGCUUGCAGAACGGCAAAUUGAAGAAUUCUACUGGCUUCCUAGCUGGUCAACAAAGAAGCCAUCGCUCGUGGUUCACAACCAACCUUUCGACAUCUACUCGAUAAAGAGCACCUGCGGCCCGCACCCCUCGGUGUGUCUUAGUUUCGACUUUAGGAAAAUACCUGGUGAAUAUUCGGAGUACACGGCAAAGCACGAGGACAUCACCGACCAGAACCUGCAGAGCAAGUCGAAGACGCUAAUUGAGGAGUACGAGCGCAUCGGGUCGCUGACGCCGCACAACGUGGUGCUGGUGCCGCUCGGCGACGACUUCCGCUACGAGUACAGCGUCGAGUUCGACGCGCAAUACAUCAACUACAUGAAGAUGUUCGACUACAUAAACAGCCACAAGGAAAUGUUCAACGCAGAGGUACAAUUCGGCACUCCGCUCGACUAUUUCAAAGCAAUGAGAGAGAGGCAUAAUGACAUACCCACACUAAAGGGCGAUUUCUUUGUGUAUUCUGACAUUUUUAGCGAAGGAAAGCCGGCGUACUGGUCCGGAUAUUACACAACAAGGCCUUAUUUGAAGAUCCUUGCACGACAAUUCGAACACCAAUUGAGAACGUCGGAAAUUUUAUUCACCCUUGUCUCCAAUUUUAUGAAACAAACAAAUAAUCCUAAACUUGUCGCGUCGGAGAAGAGGCUAGAAAAAUCUUACGAACAAUUAAUCAAUGCGCGCAGGAACCUGGGGUUGUUCCAACACCACGAUGCCAUCACGGGAACCUCGAAAUCUAGCGUGAUGUACGACUACGGGACGAAACUAUUUACUAGUUUGUACCACUGCAUACGUCUGCAGGAAGCAGCACUAACCACAAUAAUGAUCCCAGAUGUCAAGCUUCAUUCGCAGAACAUUAUACAAAGCGAAGUCGAGUGGGAGACAUACGGCAAACCGGCUAAGAAACUCCAGAUAUCAUACGUCGAUAAGAAAAAAGUCAUCUUGUUCAACCCCCUUGCUGAAGCCCGCACAGAAAUUAUAACGCUCCGGUCUAAUACGACUAACAUUCGCGUAUACGACACUAUGAACAAGGAAUACGUUCAAUAUCAAAUCACCCCAAACAUCAACAUCCGCGAAGACGGCAAACACAUCAUAAGUGACACUAGCUUCGAUGUUCUCUUUGUGGCCACGAUGCCCCCUCUGACCGCCAUCACCUAUAAUCUCGAGGAACACACAAACAUAACAAAUCACGGUGUCGUCUUCUGCAACAAUUGCAUAGAGCCAGAAAGACCUGAUGGCGAAAAGUUAUUCGUCAUGAAGAAAAUGUUACCCGGCGACAUCCAAUUAGAAAACUCGGUACUUAAAUUGCUUAUAAAUAGGAAUUCUGGAUUUUUGAGGCAGAUAUACAGAAAGGAUUUGCAAAUGAAGAAUGUUGUCGAAGUCCAGUUUGGGGCUUAUCAGAGCGCACAGAGACACUCCGGCGCCUAUUUGUUCAUGCCAGAUUAUGACUCGCCUGAGAAAAACGUUCUAAACGCGUAUGCUCACUGGAACAAUCCUCAAGACGAAAACAUCGUAAUCGUGUCCGGGCCCGUGUCGAGGGAAAUUACUGUCAUGUAUUUACCAUUCCUAGUGCACACGGUCAGGAUCUUCAACGUUGACGACCCCGCCUUGUCGCGCGCCGUCCUUAUCGAGAAUGUUGUGGACUUCGAAAUGCCGCCGAAGAACAGAGAAACCGAAUUGUUCAUGAGAAUACAAACGGACAUCCUAAACGGUGAACCGCCAGAAUUCUACACAGACCAAAACGGAUUCCAAUAUCAAAAACGCAUUAAAGUGGAUAAAUUGGGCAUUGAAGCUAAUUAUUAUCCUAUUACGACGAUGGCAUGGCUUCAAGAUGAAGAAAGUCGUCUCACUCUUGUAACGAAUCACGCUCAGGGUGCGGCGUCGUUUGAACCCGGCAGGCUGGAAGUGAUGCUCGACCGACGAACUCUAUACGACGACUUCCGCGGCAUCGGCGAGGGCGUGGUGGACAACAAACCCACUACUUUCCACAACUGGUUAUUACUCGAACCAAUGACAGGGGAGCGGACUAAACGGGACACCAGCGAAAGUUUCCAGCCGCUGAACGAACGGCAUUUUAGUCCUGACGAGAAAGCCACAGCGUACGAAUUACCGUCGCACACCGCCGAUUAUUUGAGCCGAACUCUCAAUUACCCAGUUAACAUCUACCUUCUAGACACUAGCGAAACCGGCGAAGUGGAAGUAAGGUCGCAUCAAACAUUCAUGCAGAAUUUUCCUAACGGUAUCCACAUGGUUACCCUCCGCACUAUCACGGACGACAUAUUAGAACAAUUUCCAAGCACCUCAUCCUACAUGGUUCUGCACCGGCCCGGCUACAGCUGCUCCGUCGGAGACAAAGUUAAGAAGAUAUCGACAACGUUCACGUCAAACACUAAGUUCAACGGGUUGCGCAUCACGAACUUGACGUCAGUGAGUCUGACCGGCCUAAAGACGUACAAGUCGGUGCCAGGCCUGCACAGCAUCGAACUGGAGCCCAUGGAGCUCAAAACUUACAAAGUACGGUUUUAAAGACUGUUAGUGUUAGGCUGGUUUGUAUGAUUUUGUAUGGACUUAAAUUUUGUAAGAUACAUGCCAAAAUCCGCUUGGCAUCGUAUGAUUUAGUAAAUGAUCUGAAAGGUGCAAUUUGAACGUAGUUAUAGAUUGGUCAACCACGUUAGAGUGCGUGUUAGUAUAAUAUUCUUUCAAAUCGUGCACAAUAGUCGAGCCACCGUAACUUGCCUUUAUUAUUAUUUUCGUAAAUGUAACUAUCAACUUUAUUGUAUCAGCGAAAGUCUAGAAUCCUCUAGACUAAUCUACCUCAGGACCAAAUGAUAUAGUUGUUCGAAAAAAAAGAGAUAGAUCUGUUAAUAUAUAUAGAUCAAUCAAUUUUAGUCGGUUUGAAUCUCCUAUCCUUUAAUAAAAUCUUAAAGUUAAGUACAUGAUUCGCUAACUACAUAUUUUGUUUACACUUUUUAUUCUUCUUCCUGUCUAAUGUAAAAUAUUAUAAUUUUCUGAUUAAGUUUUAAUAUUUACUUAUUCGUUACGAACUAUUUGCUGUGAUAGAAUACAUGACAUAAUACAA